AUGUUAGGCAGACCUCGGAUAUUGGGACAUCCUCUGGUCCACAACAUGUUUGAAGAAAGGAAGAAGAAUUUGUCAACAAAAGCAUCGCCACUGUUUAUGUUGUGUUGCAACAAUGGGAAGAUCAAGUUGCCGGAGAAUAAGUUGCCACCAAAAGGUAUAUUUGAUCUCUUUUUCGACAAUGACGAAUUAUCAAAAGAAUUUUUACACAACAUUAGGACCUACAACAACAUGUUCUGCUUCACAUCCAUGGGAGGAAAAAUUGACAAGAACGUGAACAAGGGGGGAGCACCUCCAAUUUUUCUAUUAAGUGGUCAAAACUAUCACCUAAUGGGCACUCUACUUCCAGAACAAGGCAAAGAACCUCAUUUUGCCCAGUUAUACAUAUACGACACGGCAAAUGAAAAGAUCAACCGUAUAAAUGCUGUGAGGGGUAGUGGUGAGCAAGAUGACAUUCAUGUAGAAAUAGUGAAUGCCAUUCAGAAAGACCUCGAUGAAAAUAAUGUUUUGGUUAAGUCUUUUCGGAUGGCUAUGUCUGAGUUGGAUAUUAAUCCAUCCGCCGAAGUCAAAAUAAAGUUGUUGGGAAAAAGAACUAGAGAUGCGAGGACAUAUAAUCUGCCGCAAGUUUCUGAAGUAGCAGCUUUAAUUGUGGGAGAUCUGGAUACCAGUAUUGGAGAGCGUGAUAUUAUUGUUCAAUCAAAGGGUGGCCACCUACAGAGGAUAAGUGAAUUAAAUCCUCCAUACUUACCACUGCAAUACCCUAUUUUGUUUCCAUAUGGCGAAGACGGUUAUCGGGAAGACAUUGCAUUCGCGGGCGUAGUAGGCAAGAGCUCUUCAGGUGGUAGACAGAGGAUUAGUCCCAGGGAGUUUUUUUGCUACCGCAUACAGUCUAGACAGUCAGCUCCGAGUACCAUAUUAUUUGCAAAGCGGUUGUUCCAACAGUUUGUUGUAGAUGGCUACAAAAUGGUUGAGUCUGGAAGACUAAUUUAUAUAAGGACACACCAAAAAAGCCUAAGGUGUGAGAGUUAUAGUGGAUUGACUGAUGCUUUGACAAGGGGUGAAUUAAGCCCUGCAGCCCAAGGUCGCAGAAUAAUACUACCUUCAAGUUUUACGGGUGGUGCUAGAUACAUGAUACAAAACUACCAAGAUGCAAUGGCAAUAUGUAGAUGGAUUGGAUACCCAGAUUUAUUUAUAACUUUUACAUGCAAUCCGAAGUUUCCUGAGGUGCAACGUUUUUUAAAAGAUCAAAGGUUGAAGCCAGAAGAUCGGCCGGACAUAAUUUGCCGGUUAUUCAAGAUUAAGUUGGAUGCUUUGAUAGCUGAUUGUCGAAAGAAUAAACUAUUUGGCCCUGUGGCUGGAGAUAAUAUUUUCAUAUAUACAAUUGAGUUUCAAAAGCGAGGUCUUCCGCAUGCUCAUAUAUUACUUUUUUUGGAGAAAAGUAAAGAAGUUAGGCAAGUUCUUACUCUAGACAACAUAAUUUGCGCAGAGAUUCCAGAUGAAAAGAAAGAUGCAGAGUAUUACCAAGCGGUAGAGGAAUUUAUGAUGCAUGGUCCAUGUGGAAAAGCGAGGGCCAAUUCUCCAUGUAUGGUAAAUGCGCGAUGCUCUAAACAUUUUCCUAAGAGAUUUGUUGAGAGUUCUACAUUUGAUGACGAUGGUUACCCGAUAUAUAGAAGGACAGACAAUGGCAGUGUAAUUACAAAGAACGGGAUCGCCUUGGACAACAGGUACAUAUCCCCGUGUGAAGCGGUUUGGCGUCUGUUUGGUUUUGAUAUACAACUUCGGGCGCCUUCAGUGGAAAGGUUAAGCUUUCACCUUCCUAAUCAACAGAGUGUGAUAUUUGCAGAUGAUGAUGCUGUUGAGAACAUUGUGAAUAGACCUACUAUUGCACAGAGCAUGUUUUUGGAAUGGUUUGAAGCAAAUAAAACAUACCCCGAUGCGAGAGAACUUACUUAUGUUGAGAUGCCAACAAGAUUUGUUUGGAAGAAAGACCUUAGAAAAUGGCAGCCACGAAAGAAAGGGUUCUCAAUAGGACGUAUAUUCUAUGUCCCGCCAGCUACUGGUGAAAUUUUCUAUUUGAGGUGUUUGCUGAACAAAAUCCGUGGCCCUAAAAGUUAUGAAGAUAUUAGGACUGUAAAUGGGGUGCAAUAUGACUCAUUCCGAGAUGCGUGUUAUGCAAGGUGUUUAGUUGAUGAUGAUAACGAAUAUGUUGAUGCAAUAGAUGAAGCCAGUCAUUGGGCGUCAGCAGAUCAAUUGAGGAGAUUGUUUGUGACAUUGCUAAUGAGCAGUUGCAUGGGGAAACCGGAAAUAGUUUGGCAUGCUGUGUGGCAACAUCUAUCAGACGAUGCACAAUUCAACGUCCGUAGACAACUGCAGAACAGAGAUUUUGUGUUGACCGAUUCGCACAAAAUGAACUUUGCCUUAGUAGAGAUUGAGAAGCUAUUAUCUACUCAUGGUAAGAGUUUGAAGGACUAUCCUGAAAUGCCAACGGUAAAUUUUCGUGCCUUAAACGUUAUUGCAAAUAGAUUUAUUCAAGAAGAAUUAGCAUACGAUUGUGGCGAACAGGAGAAAGAGAAUCAAGAAUUGGUAAGGCAGUUAACAGACGAAGUGUUAACUGACAUUGAUCGCCAGGAAGGGGGGUUAUUCUUCGUUUAUGGUUAUGGAGGGACCGGUAAGACUUUCUUGUGGCGAGCACUUUCUUCCGCAUUAAGGUCUAAGAGUCAAAUAGUGUUAAAUGUUGCUUCUAGCGGUAUAGCUUCGCUUUUAUUACCUGGUGGGAGGACGUCACAUUCUCGGUUUGCUAUACCGAUAUCUGUUAAUGAAGAUUCCACAUGCAACAUACGUAACGGAAGUGAACUGGCGGAACUUCUGGUGCAAACAAAGUUGAUAAUAUGGGAUGAAACCCCAAUGAUGCAUAAAUUCUGCUUUGAAGCCCUUGAUCGAACUAUGCGGGAUUUGAUGCGCUUCAUAAAUCCAAUGAGUUCUGAUAUGACAUUCGGUGGUAAAACAGUUGUUUUGGGGGGCGAUUUUAGGCAAAUUUUACCAGUCAUUCCAAAGGGUACUAGACCAGAUAUAGUUCGAGCGAGCAUUAGCUCAUCCUAUCUCUGGAAAUCCUAUAAAGUCCUAAGGCUGACUAAGAAUCUACGUUUGAAAAGUGUUCAAUCAGAAAAAGAGUGCAAGGAGAUCGAGGAAUUUGCAAAAUGGAUAGCUAAUAUAGGUGACGGAAUUAUUGGGUGUCAACUUGAUAGGGAGUCCGAGAUUACUGUUCCAGAAGAUUUGUUGUUGAAGUGCGAAGAUAACCCUAUUGCUACAAUUGUUGAUAGCACUUUCCCUAAUUUCCGACUGGGAAUUGCAGAUUUGUCAUAUCUUAAUCAUAGUGCAAUUUUAGCUCCAACAUUGGAUGUGGUAGAUGUCGUUAACCAAUACAUGAAUGAUCAUAAUCCGGCUGAGGGUAAGACAUACUUGAGUUGUGAUUCUGUGUGUAAGUCAGAUGCCAAUGUUGACAUGUUAGCGGAUUUGCACACUCCAGAAUUCUUGAAUUCCUUGAGAUGUUCUGGAGUACCAAAUCAUGCUUUGACAUUGAAAGUUGGAUCACCUGUUAUGCUAUUGCGAAAUAUUGAUCACACACUAGGAUUAUGCAAUGGUACAAGGUUGAUUGUUACAAGGUUAGCUGACCAUGUGUUGGAAGGCCAAAUCAUGUGCGGUACAAAUGCAGGAACCAGAGUAUUGAUUCCUAGGAUGUGA